CGCCGCAGAGACAGGCCGUGCCCCUGGCGUCUAUACUGACUGCCUCCACCAAACCGGCCCAGCCUCAGCCCCAGGGACAGCGGCCGGGGAUGCCGUCGUCUCCGGUGGCGCCGCAGCCGCCGGAGCGGGUGCAGUCCCAUCGGCCACAGUUCCGGAGCGACCAGGGCGCGCAGAUGGCGCCACCGUCGCUGACCAAGAUGGCAGCACAUUCGCCGCUGGCCGAGGGGCCGCAGUCCCCUGUUCGAUCGGUGCCGAGUCCUACAUCGCCGCAGACACAGCCGAUCCGGUUCUCUACGGAGCCGCAGCGCGCCUCCCCGCCGCAGCAGCUCCCGUCUCAGAGGGACCCCUCCCCACCCACCCCCGCCGCCGAGCGGAUGGCCUCCAACCCGCCGUGGAGAGUCACCAAGAAACCAGCCACCCCGGACUGCGCCGACGGUGGCGCCCCCUUUACCGGCGCCGGUGGCGCCACCCGCGGCCAGGGCGAGCUCUACAUCCGGCCGGUAUCCAGCGAGCCGGAGCCGGUGGCUCCCGGCGUCCAGCUCCGCUCGGCUCCCGUGCCGUGGCUCAGCGGCUCCCCCACGGUGGCGGAGCCCGCGCCAGAGUUCGCCGCCGCCGCGCAGCAGAUCGAGGCGGCGCGGCAGGGCCGACUGACGCAGAGUCCGGCGCAGAGUCCGGCGGCCGCGGCCAGCCCCCAGCCGCGGUUCCCCCAGCCGCCCGCCGCUCAGGCCGUGAGGCCCCAGGUGGUCCCUCUGCAGUCGCAGUUCAGCCAGGAGGGCCCGUCUCGGCCGAGGAUGGGGUACACGCAGCAGAUGCUGCAGCAGCACAUGGACCAGGACCAGAACUACCAGCGGCAGCAGCGACAGCAACAGCAGCAGCAGCAGCAGCCGCAGUUCCAGCAGCAGCAGCCGCCGCAGAGGCAGAUCUCUCAGCAGUUCCAGCAGCAGCAGCCCCCGCAGCGGCAGAUCUCUCAGCAGAGUCAGCCGCGGGAGCACAUCAUCUCCAUCCGGCUGGAGGGUUCUCCGCCGAGAACCUCCCCUCAGCAGCCUCAGCAGCAGCCUCAGCAGUCUCAGCAGUUCCAUCCGCAGCAGCAGCAGUUUCAGCCGCAGCAGCAGCCCCGACCGGCCCACCCGGGCCCAGCGAGACAGCACAGCACCAGCGCACAGAGGGUGAUCCCCGUCCAGCUCUUGGCUUCUGAGGACGGUACCCCACACGUCAGUAUUGGCGGCCGACUGAUUCCACUGACGGGGGAGAGCGUCACACUGCCCAUGGGCCUGGUCCUGACUGAGGCCGACCAAGCCAGUCCGCCCGUGGCGAGGACGACUGAGCCACCUCAGUCGAAAUCUUUCAGGCUGAUCCAGCAGGUGGCAGACGCCCAGGCGGCGGCGGCAGGCCCUUCAGCAGCACCUUCGGCUUCGUCAGGCGCCGCGCCGCGCCCCCGCCCCGCCAUGACCUCGGCCGACACCGGCGAUGACCUGGUGCCCUGUAUGAGGAGCGUCCAGCUCUCCGAUGGCGACAAACAGCUGAUGAGCGCCUUCAAAAACAAAGUGGAUGACGGCGGCCAGUACGAGGCGGAGCGCCGGCCGCUCUACCGCGGUGCCAACAUCCCCUCCCGCCUGUUCAGGGAGCUCGACCACACCGUGGACGGAGAGACCGACACCUACCUGCACUCGGAGUCCGACCCGCGCUAUAAGGGCGCGCACAUACCCUCUCGGACGUUCCGCAUCCUGCAGGCGGCCACAGGCGGCGCCGAAGGCGUUUCAGGCGGCGCCCCGCCCUCCAGCUCACGGAUAGGCGGUCCGGGCCAGAACAGAACAGUGGUGGUCACCAUGCCAACAGGAGGUGCCAGCGGCCCGGCCGUGCCCCCGUCCCAACAGGAGGUCCCUGAGCCCAGGAAAUACACGGGCGGCCAUAUUCCCUCGCGCAGCUUCCAGAUGCUGCAGCAAAUGACAGCCGAUGAUCAAGCUUUCCGCCGGCUGGGCCUGCCGUUCGGCCGUGACGUCAUCAGAGGCAGCUCUGACGUCACUGGAGGCAGCUCUGACGUCAUCCGGGGACAGCGCCGGAGGAGGGCGUGGCUGCUGCACACAGACCUGCCGGCCACGGCCCCUGCACCCGGUACUCCUUCAAGAGUGUCUGCAAGGACAUCGGCAGGUCUCAGAGAUGCUAGGAACACUGAGGAAGAGGAGCCGGUGAAGACUCCGGGACAUUCGAGACUGGCUCGGCUGCUGUCGAACUUCGAAGAUGACGAGCGGGAUAGCCGUGUGCCGAACGGAAUUUCAGUGAAGGAGAGCGGGAGGUGUGGUAGUGUGAGAGAGGCUGCUGUGAGCGCCGUUGGUACUUGUUAUAGCAAUGGUAGUGAUAAUGUUGGUGGUGAAAGAAGGGUCUGCGGUGCGCCUGCGAGAGACCGUAUCACUAUCAGCAGAGAGAACUUCAGGUCCAAACGAAACGGUGACGCCUGCGUUCCAAACUGCAAUAGAUACGGCGAAUACGAAAGGUAUCUGCCAUGGGAGGCAUUGAAGAGCAAACAAUGCCAAGGACUGUGUAGAAAUGACGUCUGCCAUAGACUGUUAGACGACUGUGUGGCCAGUCCGGUGCGGACGAACACCGCCAACAACAGUGGCGGUGGCAGGGGUGUUCGAAUGAGCAGCAUCAACAGCAUCGGCAGCGUCAGCAGCGUCAGCAGCGGCUUUGGCGACGCCGAGGAGACGAUCUCCGAGCCGGAGGUAGACGGGGACGAACCUGAAACGGAGAGCACAGAAGAACUGGGCGCCGGAGGCAGGGAACUUGUGAUGGAGGACUUGGAUGCCCAUGAGAACGAAGCGGAGAGCGUUAAUAGACAGGAGUGCGUGAAGGAAGAACAUUGUGCGCCUGCUUCCUACCGUGGAGGGCACACGCAGCGGGAGCUGGGCCGCGGUGGACAGGACCGGCUCGGUUCUGUGCGGACGGGAGAUGACGCCAAGCAAUGCGGCGAAACCGACGGAACAUGUGAAAAAUCCGACACCGAUACCGAAUCCGAAACCGACUCAGAGUCUGGCUCAGAGUCCGACUCUGAAUCUGACUCCGAAUCAGAGAGCUUAUCGCACCCUAGUGAAGCCUGUUUAGGGGCUGAACAUGUCGAAGAUCUGGAAAAAGAAGCUGAAGUAGGCGAAACGAGUGCCGGUGGAUGUGAGUUGGCGACCUCCUCUGAAGAAAACGACGAAGAAGAAUCCACGGUGACGUCUGACGAUGACGUCACAGAAGAUGACGGCACGCUGGUGCGGUCACGGUCGGUGACCCCAGACGUGACCUUACUCACGACGGAAAGGUCGAUGAUCUUACAGGAAAGAGGUGUGGGCCAGCAUAGUUCGAAUGGAGGUGAUCAAAGAGAAGACGAGGAAUGUCUUCUGCAGAGUCCUGCGGAAGAGGAGGAAGAAGAGGUUCAGGAGCAGCAGGUGCGAGAGGUGGUAGAGGAGAGAGUUGAUGAGGAUCAGAGGCGGGAGCUGGAGGCGCUCGUGGCCGACAUUUGGAGGAGCAGGCGGGAGUUUAACGCUGGCGAGAACGACGGAGAGCUGCUGUUCAGGGACAAACGGGAGAAGGAGUUCGACAACUGGCUGCAGAGGCUGGAGCAACGGAACGAACGGCUGAAGGCGAUGGUGGCGCCGCCGGUGGCCGAUAGUGGAACCAGAGAGGCAUUGGCGCCCGUUACGGAAGAGGGCUUGGUUUCGGAGAAGACGGAAAAAGAGACGGAAGAAGUUACGGAGGUGAGGGCACCCGGAGACGAGAAGAUCGAAGGUGAGAGCGAAGAGAGUGCGGAUGAAAAUGAAAUCGAAAGUGGCAUGAGAGAAGAGAAAGAAGAACGUCCAAAUGAAGCUGCGAAGGUCGAUGAACGCAUCGUUGAUCGUGUCGUUGGAAGUGUUCUUGAUCUUGCCACUGGUGCGCUGGCAAAUGAAGAUACAAUCAGCGAAGAAAACAGAGUUAUCAGAGGUCGCAAAGAAAGAGAUAAAGAGAGAAGCGCUCCACAAAGCUCAAUAGACUGUAACGCUAAUUUUCACAAUACUUUCUCCUCUAAUAAUCCAAACAACAAUACUCAGCAAAGUAAUGCUGCCACGGUUCGGUUUAGAAUCUCAGUGGAGUCGAAAGGCGUUCAGACGGAUGACCUCGCCUCCAUUGUCUCUAACGACACUGUCCGCGCCGCUCCGCACAGCACCGCCCUCUGUAAAAGGCACGUGCCCCACGUCAUCAUCUCGACCCCGGACCGGGAGAUGGAGGUGGACGUCCUGCUGGAGUCGCCCGACGGUACCUCUGGCCCCUACGAGGUCUGGGGCGAGUGUUACAGUAAGAUAUUCCGGCCAGUGCCUCCGGGUAACCGCCCGAGGGCACGGGAGAACACUAACACACGCUUCGCUGCGGCUAGUGGUGCUUCGAGCAUGGUGAAGGAUUCCCUUUGUAAUGUAAGGGAUUCCGUUUCCCAUGUGAAGGAUUCCGUGUCCGAGGUGAAGGAUUUUGUAACUAAGGUGAAGGCUUCUCACUGCUAUGUAACCGGUGAGCUGCGAAACCUUUCGUCGCAUGCUUCGGUGGGGGCUGCACAUUCCGCUCAGUCCCAAUCCGAGCCCCAGAGGAGAGGUCACGUGACCUUCCAGUCUGCGCUGCGGUUUUUCCGCGAUCAGACGGAGUCUGCCUCUGGCGGUCACCGCCAGGUGGCAGGGCGAUCUCCCGAGUGUUCCUCACAGAGGACGGCUCCUCAGUGGAUGUCAGGGUCCUCCCGUCCUCCUGCCGUCCCUCCAUGGGUGGCAAAACCCUCCUCCUCAGCCACUCCCGCCGCAGAGGCGCCUCCAGCGGCGGUGGGGCGAACCGCAGCUUCCCCGGCCGGCCGGCAGACGGCAGCACGGUCGCGCUGUACGGCCUCUCCACGUGUUGCAGGCUCUGCGCCGGUUCUCCCGCGUCCCGCGGAAGGACAGCCGCGCCGCUCCCCGAGCCACUACGCGCACGGCCCGGAGUCGGUCACCGCCGCCGGCCACAGUCCGCCCCCGCCCGCGCCGGCAGCGGUGGCGGCGGUGGCGGCGGGAGUCCCGACCUGCGAGCGGAUCGAGCUGGAGCGGCAGCGGCAGGAGCGGCAGCGGCGGCCGCCGACCAACGGCCGGUACGCCGGCGGCCGGAACCCGUCGCGCGCCUUUCAGCAGCUGGCCGGGGAGUACCGGGACGAGGCGAACGACUCCCGGGAGACUGUGCUGGGCGAGCUGCGCGCCGUGGGCUCGGGCCAGGCGCCGCGGCCGGCCCGGCCCUCGGCCGUACCGUCCCGGUCCUUCCGCCGCCUGCAGGAGGAGUACGGCUCCCAGGAGCCGGAGCCGGAGCCGGAGCCGGAGCCGGAGCCGGAGCGGGUCCGGAGCGGGCCGCAACAGACGGCCGUGAUCCGCACCACUCCCGAGCAGCAGAAACAGCGGAUGGCAGCCGUCUCAAAGACGUACCGGCUGCUGCAGACAGACCCGACCGCAGUGCCAUCUGUGCUGGGCAGGAACGGCCGCUAGUGCGGCCCGCCGCCACCAGAGGCGCUGGCGGCGCGACAGGAGAGUGUUUAGAGCAGCCAGUUUUAGCCGAAAACAAACACCGCGCCCGGUGAGAGCGCGCUGUGGACCACUGUACUGCCGUGACGCACGCAGCGUCUGCUUGCUGUUCUAACGCCGACGCGAGCACUGAUGACGUCAUGUGAGGCUAACCGUGGAUGUGUUUACCACUCGAUCUGAGCCAGUUUAGAGUCAAAGUCGCGUCUGGGCGUCAGUAAAUGUGCGUUUAGGUAGCAAUAUUAGCGCUGGCGGCACCAACUCACGGCGGAGCCAUCUCACAUCUGACUUGUUUUAAUUUGCUGAUAAGAUCAGAUCAGGCUUGAUCAGAUCUCUUGACAAACUGUGACAUUUAGAUUGCAAUCAUAUUGUGACCGGAUGAGUGUAGUAACACCUGCUCUGCUACGCUAAAUCAGAGGU